AGUACUCAUGAGUUUACAAAUCUGAAUUUUUCAAAGAGUAACAAAAGCUCCACAUGUGUAAUAUAAAUUGUACUCCUGUAGUAGUGUCAUGCCCGAUUAAUUGCAUUGUGUUGUGUAUGACUAAUAAUGAGAUUUAUAAGUAGCUGCUGGCAAAACAUAGCUGUUUACUUAAAUAUUAAAAUAUGCAUGCUCCCUGCCAAAAAUGCUAUAAUCAUACCAGCCUUUUGAGUGUGACGUCACAAUGAUUGGCUUUAUAUUUGCUAAGGCACUUGAGAAUGCAGAGAACUGUUUCUAUAAAUCUCGUUGAAACAGUACGUGUGAAAUAGUAAUUCAAGUUGACUUUUACACCUGACUUACUUUAAAACUCUUUUAAAUCCUUCUUGGAUUAUGUGAAUUCUUGAAUAUGUGUCUUUACAUCUUUAACAUGCUAAUUAUCUUAAAGAUAAUUGUGUGACAAAUGUGGGAUUCGGAAAUUUCAGCUCUAAUGGGCUUUCUUACAUUGAUUAUUGCUGAUGAACAAGACUCUUCAUUCUUCAACCUUGCUCUGCAGUUAUUUUUUUAUUGAAGCUGUUUUGAAUUUCUCCUUUCUAUGGAGUCAGAAGUGACUGUGUUCGUUUAGAGAAGAAAAUUUACAUCCAUACAGCAGUAUAAGGAUAGUUACUUAUAUAAAUAAUAUAGUGUCACUGUCUGCAAGCUCCCUCCCUGGUUUUGGAGCCCUGCUAUAUUACAGAAGAAAACAAAACUUGGCCUCAAAGGAUUUCACCUGGUUGUACAUUGUGAAACAGAGUCUUGUGAUCGCUUUCUUUUGGAUAUUCCUGUCACCAGAGAGCAGAUGAACCACUAUCGAGCUGCAGCAGAGACUGCUCAGAGUGAACUAGCAGCACUAACAGUGAAGUAUGACUGUGUCCAUUCAGAGCUUCUUGAACUCAGGUCCAGAAUGAUCUCAAAAGAAACCUCCUUUAAAGAGCUGAAGUCUGAAGCUGAAAGCUACAGGGAAAACAAUGCUAGACAAGCAUCUCUCCUCUUGUCUUUGCAAACUCGAGUUCGGGAGACAGAAGAAGAGUUGAGUGUGCUUGUGGCUACUAAAAAACAGGCUGAGCUGACAGCUCAGGCAGCAUCGAAGGAAAACUGGGAGCUGAAGGAGAAACUUCAUGAGCAAAAUGCCAGACUUAACAAAUAUUUGAAUGAUUGUGAAGAAAGCAAGACAGAAUCUUAUAAGAUGAGCAGGAAGUAUGAAGAGCUUGUUACACAGCUUUCUGAAUUCUUGGACGCAGACAUCAAAGAAAAAGAGAAACCAGAGGAACAUUUAAUGUUAAAGGCUUGUGAAAUAUAUAAAGAAAAUCUGGCACUAAAAGCUCAGGUUGCUGCCCUUCAAGACGACAUCAAUGGCCAUGAAAUGGAAUCCAAGGCUAGUAGAGAAACUAUCAUGAGGCUUGUUUCAGAGGUGACCAAAGAGCAGAAAAAGGCAGCAGGAUACUGUGAAGACAUGGAAAAACUUAGUAAGGAUCUUGACAGUGCUAAAAUGGCAAGACAGAGUUUGGAAAUGGACAUCAGAAACCUCCAAGAUAAGUUCAAGGCUAAUCAGAAAGCCUGGGAAGCCUCGAAGCAAGAACUUCAUAGCCUGAAGAAAUCUUUCAGUGAGCUGGAUGGAAGUUUGAAGAGCAGCAAAGAAGAAGCCAAGACUGCUCAAAGCUCUUUAGAGGCUUUCAGACAGCAAAUCGCUACCCUUCUCAGUAGCAGCUCGCUAACAGUUACACCCUCUGAGAAGGACAUUUUGAAGAGAGUCCAAGAAAUAAACUGCAAAGAGAAGAGUGAAGAGAGAGUGGUAUCUCAACUUGAAGCCCAAAUAGCUAAACUGACUGAAACUUUGGAAGAUCAAACCAGAUCAUACCAAGAAGCUCUGGAGAGAAGCAGAAAAGUUGAAAAACAAUCUGAGACUUUCCAAGAUCAGUUGAAACACUUGGAAGAGGAGCUGCUCUCUUUAUAUAUGAUACAAGAUGGUUUGAAGCUUGAGAAACAAAAAUAUAUGAAAUUUCUGGAACAACUUAAUGAAAUGAUGAAGCUGAAUAGCAUUGCAGCAGAGGUUGGAUUUGAUAUGAAUGUGAAUGCAAUUCUGGCUCGGGUAGAGCAAUUAGUCAAACUGGAAGGUGAUGCAGUGAUUGAAAGCAAGACUGUGACAUAUAGCCUAAGAAGGAAGUUGAAGACUCAGAAAGAAAGACUUGAAAGCAAGGAGUUGCACAUGAAACUUCUGAGGCAGAAAAUAACCCAGCUGGAAGAAGAGAAACAAAUAAGGACAUCACUAGCUAUGGAGAGGGAUGAGGCCAAUCUCACUGUCAGAAAGUUGCAAAAGAUGAUAGAGAGAUUACAGAAGCAGCUUGAUCUGGCAAGGGAAACGAAUACUGAUCUCAAAGCCAAGCUGUCUGAAGCCAAUGAACUUAAGAUCCAGACUCUAGAGCAGAACAGAACAAUAGAAGAACUUAAUAAGUCUCAAGGCAAAUUGGAAAGAAUGAAGGAAAAAGCUGAGAAACAAUUAAACUCUGUCAAAUCAGAACUUAACUUAAAGGAACAGAAAGCUACUGAAGAAAAAGAAAAAGCCAAAAAUAUGUUAGAAGUGGUUUCCAGUGAAAUGAAGGUACUUAAAACAAGCCUUGCAGAAUUAGCAAAAAGGGAAAGACAGCUGGCAGACUUCCGAGAGGUCAUCUCACGGAUGCUGGGCCUUGAUCUUGCUAACCUAGCUCUGCCUGACUAUGAGAUCAUUACACGUCUGGAAGGGCUGAUUCACUUUCAUCAGCACCAUUUUAUCCCCUGCGUCUGUGUCAAAGAUGUAACAAGGACAGAAGAUGAGUGCUUGGAUAGAAACAUACAGUUUCUUCAUUGAAACAAACAUUUUUGAGGAAACUAAAGUCAUUUUUUCUUCUUCCCUGCCUACUAGACCAGCAUAGAAAAUAGGUCUUUAUUUUUGUUCCUUCUUCUACAGAUACUUGGGCUGAUUUUCAGUGUUUCAGAGAGACAGUUAACAGCCAGCAUCCUAGGGAGAGCAAACAUAUAAUAUUUUGGACAUGAAAAUGAUGGGCAAUAUGUGAAAAAUGAACAGCUUUCCAAUUCCAGUGCAGAGUCACUGAUGGCAUGAGCUACCUGAGAUCUGUUAACAAUUUGGGCAAAUACUAGCUGGUGAACAUCAGCAUUUGUGAUUGUUCCUUGUGCUUUACUUCUUGGGUGACAGUGAUGAAAUAAAGUGGGGGCCAUCCAGUUGCUAUUUCUUUUGCAAAAUGGGACUUCUCUGUGCCUUUUUAUGCAUAAGAACUUCAGUUUCAAGGCACCUGGAAAGCUGGCUGAGGGCUAUCAUGGUUUUGGAAAAAGGGAUUUUUUUCUGUCAUUUUUUUUCUUUAGUCUGCUCUUGAGUAAGAACAAAAAGUUAUGCUUUUUCAGCAAAGGCUCUUUCACAGACUCCAGUCACAUGCCUGGCAUAGAUAUACAGUAGAAUUAUCUAUAGUAAAAUUGCAUCAUGACACUUUGAAAGUGUUUCUUGUACCUGCUGUGCUUCUUGGACAAUUAAUCCAUAGGCCAAAUAAGCAUCAGUUCUGACUUAAUACAAAGGUAUUAAUUAUUACAAAGGUAUUAAAAAUACCCUCAUCCAUUACAGAAAAUAGUUUCUAGUCUUGAUUUUUCAGAAAAACCCAGAUGAUAUGUCCAGAAUUACCUUUUAAUCAUAAAAGCUGCUUGUCUAUUACCCUUCCUGACUGUUAAACUUCAUGAUUUUAAGACUUUCAAACAAUAAAUAUAUUUUAAUAGUACACUCAAAAA